AAGGCCGUGUUGGGCGCGGGCAGGGAGAGCCUGCCUCCCGUCCGUCAGGUGACUGCCGCUGAGCCUUGUUCCUCCGUGGCGAGAAGCCAAGGCAGAGUCGGGCGGAGCCAUGGAGCUGCUCGGGGUGCUGCUGUGGGUCUCCGCGACGCUGGCUGCCGCGUCCGUGCAUCACCCACACGUGGAGCCCGAAGCCCAGCCACAGCUGCUCUUCUUGAACCGGGAAACGCCGCCGGCCGCGUCCCCCUUCGGCUCCCUCUGGCCCUUACCCCGCUCGCUUCGCGUCUCGGCGGCCCGGCUACAGUUGGCUCCCAGCCGGUUCCAGAUCGUCCAUGGUCCGGAGUCCUCGGCGGGGCCGAGUUGCUCUUUGUUGCAGGAUGCCUUCCGGAGGUACUAUGAAUACAUGUUUGGGUGUUCCAAAUGGCAGAAAUAUGACGAUAAGAAACCUCUUUUGGAAACAGAGCUAUCUUCGCUUCAGGUCAUUAUUACUUCAGAAGAUUCUGAAUGCGAUAAAUACCCAGGUGUCACAUCAGAUGAGGCCUAUCAGCUCCAAGUAUCAGAACCUACAGCUGUGCUGAAGGCAGACAAAGUUUGGGGAGCAUUAAGAGGUUUAGAAACAUUCAGCCAGUUAGUAAAUGAAGAUGACUAUGGAAGUUUCUUUAUCAAUCAAUCCUUUAUUGCUGACUCCCCAAGAUUUGCUCACCGAGGGAUCUUGCUCGAUACUUCAAGGCAUUUUCUGCCUUUGAAAACUAUCCUAAUGAAUUUGGAUGCUAUGGCAUUUAACAAGUUCAAUGUCCUGCAUUGGCACAUUGUAGAUGACCAAUCCUUUCCUUAUCAUAGUAUCACUUUUCCUGAACUGAGUGCCCAGGGGUCCUAUUCAUAUAAUCAUGUUUACACUCCUACUGAUGUCCGUCUCGUGAUAGAAUAUGCUCGGUUACGAGGGAUUAGAGUUAUCCCAGAAUUUGAUACCCCAGGACAUACAGCAUCUUGGGGGAAAGGGCAAAAAGAUGUCCUCACACCAUGCUACAAUGGAGAACAUUUGAGUGGGACUUAUGGGCCUAUAAACCCUGUUUUGAAUUCGACUUAUGAUUUCAUGGCGAAAUUAUUCAAAGAAAUUGGCAGUGUAUUUCCUGAUGACUUCGUCCACUUAGGAGGAGAUGAGGUGGACUUCAGUUGUUGGCAGUCCAAUCCUGAUGUGACCGAAUUCAUGAAGAAGCAAGGGUUUUGGAGUAACUAUAGUAAAUUGGAAUCCUACUAUAUUCAGCAAAUAUUGGAUAUAGUGUCUUCUCUUAAGAAGAAUUCCAUAGUAUGGCAGGAAGUCUUUGAUAAUGGAGUGAAGCUACAGCCAGACACAAUAGUUGAAGUGUGGAUUAGAAGCCAGUAUCAAGAAGAAUUAAGACGAGUAACCAAAGAAGGGUAUCGUGCAAUCCUGGCAGCACCAUGGUACCUGGACCUCAUUAGUUACGGCCAGGAUUGGAUAAAAUACUACAGCGUCGAGCCACUAGACUUCUUUGACACAGGGUGGCCAUCACAGAAGGAGUUGGUGCUUGGUGGCGAAGCCUGUCUUUGGGGAGAAUAUGUGGAUGCAACUAAUCUCACACCAAGACUCUGGCCUCGGGCAAGUGCUGUUGGUGAGAGACUCUGGAGCAAUAAAAAUGUAACUGAUAUUGCAGACGCUUAUAACAGGCUUAAUGAACAUCGUUGUCGCAUGCUAAGGCGUGGAAUAGCAGCUGCACCUUUGUUUGUUGGAUACUGCAGGGAAGAAGCAAGAGACCCGUAACAGCGGUAGGAUAGUACAUCGCCAGAAGUGCCUUUCUGGGAAAGAAAUCUGCACAUUCCUAGUUGAAUAUUGCACUGGAGCACUCUGUUUUAAUUUUGAGAUGCUGGAAUUCUACACUUGUAUCUUUUAGAUGUUACAAAAUAGAUGCUACUGAAUUUUUUAGCAAAAUUAAAACUGAUAGGAAUCUGUCAUUUAUUUUAAAAA